AUGAGUUCCCUGGCCAAGGCGCAACAUCAAGCUGCUCAAUUUUGCAGUGCCUGGUUAGAUAAAUUUCUUUCUGGCGGAUUCAAAUCUUGGCGGUCUCACUCUAUGCCUAUUGGGGUGGAAGAUUCAAAUUUUGUUGAAUUCACUGCUACCAAAGGAGAUCGGUCUUCUUCUUUUUCCUCAACCACUUGGUUCUCUUCAAGUUACCUUAUCGUUGAAAGUGACUCAACAAUGCUAUUCUCUGGGCUAACAACCCCUCCACUGUUCCAUGGAAGCAUAUCUCCAAUCACAUUGUGUCUCAAAAGCAGCACUAAAGACAUCCUCUUCGAGUACAUCUUUCGUGAGGCAAACGAUAUAGCUGAUGGUCUAGCCAAAUCUAGGGUAAUGAGCUAUGAUUCGCAUACAAAUAACGUAAUGGCUGUAGGAUUUCAAUGUGAUGGAAACUGGAUGUAUUCUGGCUCUGAGGAUGGCACUGUAAAAUUUUGGGAUUUAAGAGCUCCAGGUUGCCAAAGGGAAUAUGAAAGUCGUGGUGCUGUUAAUACUGUUGUCUUACACCCAAAUCAGACUGAGUUGAUAUCUGGUGACCAAAAUGGUAACAUUCGUGUGUGGGAUUUGACAGCUAACUCUUGCAGCUGUGAAUUGGUGCCUGAGGUUGAUACAGCUGUGAGGUCUCUAACAGUCAUGUGGGAUGGAAGCCUGGUAGUUGCUGCUAAUAAUCAUGGAACAUGUUAUGUUUGGCGCCUAUUAAGAGGAAACCAGACUAUGACAAACUAUGAGCCACUUCGCAAGCUACAAGCGCAUAAUGGAUACAUACUCAAAUGUCUCCUUUCUCCUGAGUUUUGUGAGCCCCACAGAUAUUUGGCCACUGCAUCUUCUGACCACACUGUCAAGAUGUGGAAUGUUGAUGGCUUCACAUUGGAGAAAACUUUAAUAGGACAUCAGCAUUGGGUAUGGGACUGCGUUUUCUCAGUGGAUGGUGCCUAUCUGAUAACAGCCUUUUCUGAUACAACAGCAAAGCUUUGUACCAUGUCAACCGGUGAAGGGAUUAAGACUUAUCAAGGACAUCAUAAAGCAACUGUUUGCUGUGCAUUACAUGAUGGAGCUGAACCCUCCCCAUGUUAGACCUACAAUCACAUGUCUGUCUUGGUUCACUUCAAGACAAAUGUGCAUUUCCAUC